AGCUCCACCACUUGGUUGGUUUGGAUUCGGGGUCUUUUCUCCUGCCUUGCUAAAUUGUGUAAUCCAGGACCAGGUACUGAGUAGAGGAAUGAAAAGGACAGCAUCUCCAAAAGAAUUCUUAUUGAAAAGGGUUGCAAGACCAUGCAGAAAUGUGAACGACAAAGUUUUCUAAAGCUGUUAGGAAAUGGUGUUUGCAAUGGCUGCCUCCGUGAACCUGGAACUUGAUCCCAUUUUUUUGAAAGCACUGGGUUUCUUACAUUCAAAGAGUAAAGAUUCUGCUGAAAAGCUAAAAGCACUGCUUGAUGAAUCUUUGGCUCGGGGCAUUGAUUCAAGUUACCGGCCAUCUCAAAAGGAUGUGGAGCCACCCAAAAUUUCAAGCACAAAAACUGUUUCCAUUAAACAAGAGCCCAAAACAUCAUCCAGUCUUCCUCCUGGCAAUAAUAAUGGCAAGGUCCUUACAACUGAAAAGGUAAAGAAGGAAGCUGAAAAGAGACCUGCUGAUAAAAUGAAAUCAGACAUUCCUGAAGGAGUUGAUAUUCCUAAGAAACCUAGAUUGGAGAAACCAGAGACACGAUCCUCUCCCAUUACCGUUCAAACUAGCAAAGAUUUAGCUAUGGCUGAUCUUUCUAGUUUUGAAGAGACCAGUGCUGAUGAUUUUGCCAUGGAGAUGGGAUUGGCCUGUGUUGUAUGUAGGCAAAUGACUGUGGCAUCUGGUAAUCAAUUAGUCGAAUGUCAGGAAUGCCAUAAUCUCUACCACCAAGAUUGCCAUAAACCCCAGGUGACAGACAAGGAAGUGAAUGACCCGCGUCUGGUGUGGUAUUGUGCCCGAUGUACCAGACAAAUGAAAAGAAUGGCUCAAAAAACUCAGAAACCACAACAGAAACCAGCCCCUACAGUUGUUUCUGUAGCUCCUGCUGUCAAAGAUCCAUUAGUUAAGAAACCAGAAACUAAACUCAAACAAGAGACAACUUUUCUAGCAUUUAAAAGAACAGAAGUCAAGACUUCCACAGUUAUUUCAGGAAAUUCUUCUAGUACCAGUGUUUCCUCUUCAGUAACCAGUGGCCUAACUGGAUGGGCAGCUUUUGCAGCCAAAACUUCCUCUGCUGGUCCCUCAACAGCAAAAUUGAAUUCAACAACACAAAACAGUACUGGGAAACCUGCUACCUCAUCAGCUAGCCAGAAGCCUGUGGGUUUAACUGGUCUAGCAACAUCAUCCAAAGGAGGAAUAGGUUCUAAAAUAGGGUCCAAUAACAGCUCUACACCCACUGUGCCAUUGAAACCACCUCCACCUCUAACCUUGGGCAAAACUGGUCUUAGUCGCUCAGUUAGUUGUGACAAUGUCAGCAAAGUAGGUCUUCCGAGUCCGAGUAGUUUAGUUCCAGGUAGCAGCAGCCAACUAAGUGGGAAUGGAAAUAGCGGGACAUCUGGGCCUAGUGGAAGUACUCCUAGCAAAACCACUUCAGAAUCGAGCAGCUCUCCCUCAGCAUCCCUUAAAGGUCCAACUUCACAAGAGUCACAGCUCAAUGCUAUGAAGCGAUUACAGAUGGUCAAGAAGAAAGCUGCACAAAAGAAACUGAAGAAUGUGUCAAAACAAUGAUUAGAAUGACUGGUUCUUGAUGAGAAUUUCAGAAGAUUGAUAGCAUGUGAGAAUAUAACGAAAAAGAAAUAAUUCAUCUUCUAACAAAGCCCCAAGAAUUGAUCCUGCUGAACGAGGUAACUUACAAGGUACCCAAUAUAUAGUUUUCUACUUUCCUUUCAAUAUUUUGGGUAUUAGGUGUUAGUCCCAGCCUCAUUUCAAGUGAUUGUCUUACUCUCUCCAAUUAUUUCAUCUCCUUUUUCAAAAUUAAUUUUUUAAUUGAUUUCUCGUAUCUCAUUUGUAUCUUUACCAUUUUUAUCACUCAUAUCAGUUAUUUAUGGAUUUGUCUCUUCCAAUAGAUAGUGAACUUUCACACCUUUUAAUAUUUAAUCUCACAUUGCCCUAUGUUACCAAUGUAAUAUAUGCACAUAAUACAUAUUCAAUAAAUAUUGACUAAUCCUGGUUAUGCACAUUCCAGAGAAUUCUUGAGAAAAAUACCCAUUCCAAGAGUCUUUGUGGAUGGAAAUUUAUGACUAUUCACACAUUGGCACCUUCUAUACUGUGAAAGAAAAGACAGUUUUGUUUUUACUGCCCAAAAAUGUUAUAGCAUUUUACCUAAUUUUAGUUAAUUUUGUAUAAAAGAGCUCCUAAAUGAUAAAUUCUUGAGAUUGUACGUUAAGUCAGAAACCGUGAAGAAUCUGAGUCAUUGCAUUAUUUGCCACCUAACAAAUAGCCAACCAUCAUUUUACGUAUAUAUUCUGACAGAAGAUAGGAAGCUUUUUAGCAGAGAAACAGUUUAUUAUUCACAGAAAAACACAGCAACUAUUUUUAAAUUCAUGAAUACUUAAUUGUACCCAGAAACUGGAAAUCCAUUAAAUUCCCAUAUUUAUAAUCCUGAACAGGAUUGAUCCAUCAUUCCAGCUGUUGAUGGAACAGUUGAUCCAUCAACUUUGAUGUGUGCUGCUAAAUCUUCACUCUAUAAACUAAUUUCAAACCCUCUUUCUUAAUCCCUAGGUUUUUCUAGCAUCAUUAUUCCAUUAAUAAAAUAUAUUGAUAAAUGAUUCUGUGAAGAUAAAGCUUUUUAAAUUAAGCUUAUUCUGGCUCUGCACCCAUAGCACAGUGGUUACGGCACCGGCCACAUACACUGAGGCUGGCAUGUUCGAACUUGGCCCAGGCCAUCUAAACAAUGACAAAUGCAACAAAAAGCUGGGCAUUGUGGCAGUCGCCCGUAGUCCCAGCUACUUGGGAGGCUGAGGCAAGAAAAUCGCUUAAGCCCAAGAGUGACGUUUCUGUGAGCCAUAACUCCAGGGCACUCUACUGAGGGUGACAUAGUGAGACUCUGUCUCAAAAAAUAAAUAAUUAAUUAAGCUUGUUCUAAGGAAAGAUGAUUAUUUUUAACUGCUCUGUUAAAUAACGGCACCACAUUAUUCCUGGUUAAUUAGAAUCCAAGUUUUAGAUAAUCACAUUACUUACUUGUGGAGUAGGUGUCUGUUUACAUGUUUAAAGUCUUCCUACAGAUGUUUUUUGUUUUAAGAAACAGAUUUCUGGGCGGCAC